UGUUUUAUACGUAUUCGCAGUGUAGAGCCAGAUCACAUUCUUUUUCCCUUAUAAAUUCUUCUUAUUGCGAAGAACUUGUGGGGAAACUUGUAAGAGAGCUAGGGUAUGAUUCACCUAAACUCCACUGAAAAAAUGUUCUCUCUAAACUCCUGCCAUGUUCUCUACAUGCUUACGUGCAUUCUUAUUCUGACCCAAACAUAUUCAAAGGAUGAGCCAAAGACAUAUAUUGUUUACAUGGGUGAUCAUUCCAAGGACACCGUCCAAUCCAUAGAAUUACUUCACAUUAGUAUGCUUGGAAGUAUCCUUGACAGCAAAUUUGCAUCAGAUGCUUUGCUACAUAGCUACAAGAAGAGUUUUAAUGGAUUUGUGGCAAAGCUAACAAAAAAGGAAGCAAUGAGAAUGAGAGGAUUGGAUGGAGUGGUUUCGGUUUUCCAAAACAAAAAUAAUGUGAUGCAGACAACAAAGUCUUGGGAUUUCUUAGGCUUCUCUCAGAAUGUCAAAAGAGCAAAUAAAGAAAGUGACAUAAUUGUUGGAGUAAUAGAUUUUGGAAUCUGGCCUGAGUCCGAUAGUUUUAAUGACAAAGGAUUCGGUCCACCGCCAAGGGAAUGGAAGGGCACUUGCCAUAACUUUACAUGCAACAACAAAAUUAUUGGAGCAAAAUAUUUUCGCAUACAUGGUACAUUUGGAAAUGACAUCAUAUCUGCAAGGGAUUCAAGUGGCCAUGGUACUCACUGUGCAUCCAUUGCUGCUGGGAACUUAGUUGAGUCCACAAGUUUUUUUGGACUUGCCUCAGGAACAGUGAGAGGUGGAGUUCCAUCAGCACGCAUUGCUGUGUACAAACCUUGUUGGUCCUCAGGUUGUUAUGAUGCUGACAUCCUUCAAGCCUUUGAUGAAGCCAUUGAAGAUGGUGUUGACAUCUUCUCCAUUUCCCUAGCACCUAGAACGGUAGUAUUCAGCGACUAUUUCGAAGAUGUAUUCGCCAUAGGGGCUUUCCAUGCAAUGAAGAAAGGGAUAUUAACAUCACAUGCUGCUGGUAACUUUGGUCCAGAUCUUUAUACAAUAUCUAGUAAUGCACCAUGGUUACUUUCUGUAGCUGCCAGCACUAUAGACAGAAAGUUUUUUACUCGUGUUCAGUUGGGUGAUGGCACCGUCUACGAGGGAGUUUCAAUAAAUUCAUUUGAUCUGAACAAUGAAAGUUAUCCGUUAAUUUAUGCCGGAGAUGCACCCAACUUAACUGGUGGACACAAUAGUUCUGUAUCCAGGUUUUGUGUCGAAAGUUCAUUAGAUGAAGAUUUGGUGAAGGGGAAGAUUGUUUUAUGCGAUAUUUCUGAAGGUACUUCAUUUGAGGGAUUGAUUUCUAAGGUAGCUGGUAUUCUUGUAAGAAGUAUAUCGCCGAAAGAUGUCUCAGACAUAUUUGCAUUGCCAAUGGUUAGCCUUACCCAAAAAGAUGGGAUACUCAUACAGUCUUACAUAAAUUCAACAAGUAAUCCAACAGCCAUUAUAUUUAAGAGUAAUGAAGGCAAAGAUUCAUUAUCCCCUUACGUGGCUUCAUUCUCAUCUAGAGGUCCAAAUGCAAUUACUUCAGACAUUCUUAAGCCUGAUCUAGCUGCUCCAGGAGUUGGCAUUUUGGCUGCAUGGUCUCCAAUUGCUUCUGUUUCUAUGUCUAAAGAUGAUAAGAGAAAAGUAAAUUAUAAUAUACUGUAUGGUACAUCAAUGGCAUGCCCUCAUGUUACUGCAGCAGCUGCCUAUAUCAAAUCAUUUCAUCCUGAUUGGUCUCCGGCAACAAUCAAAUCAGCAUUAAUGACUACUGCUACCCCAAUGAGUUCCGCACUUAAUCCUGAAGCUGAAUUUGCUUAUGGUGCGGGACAAAUUGACCCUAUUAAGGCAGUGAGUCCUGGCUUAGUAUAUGAUGCCAAUGAAAUUGAUUAUGUCAAGUUUUUGUGUGGCCAAGGUUAUGAUGCUAAGAAGAUAAGAACUAUUACAGCUGAUAAUAGCAGUUGUACACAAGACAACAUUGGAACCGUUUGGGAUCUAAAUCUCCCAUCUUUUGCGCUCUACAUGAACACCUCAACACCUUUUACUCACGUUUUUCAUAGAACUGUUACCAAUGUUGGAUCCGCUACAUCAAAAUAUAGAGCUAGAGUAACUAUACCUCCUUCCUUGUUGAACUUUAAAGUGGAGCCAGAUGUUUUGUCCUUUUCAUCUGUGGGUCAAAAGAAGUCAUUCACUCUUACCAUUGAAGGGAUAAUUAAUGUGGGUAUAGUUUCUUCUUCUUUGAUUUGGGAUGAUGGCACUUUCCAAGUAAGGAGCCCUAUUGUUGUGUACUUUGAAUAAAAACAAUUUCCAUGUAAGGAACCAUGUUAUCAUGUAGUAUGCAUGACAAUAUUUUCCAUGUAAGGACCCUAUUGUUAUAUAUGUUGAAUAAAAUAUUUUGAACUUAAUAAAACUUUGAAGUACUCAUGAAA